AUGAGCAAAAACGUUACAUCCAGCAUCUCUACUCGAUCCAAGGUAGCUCUUGUCACUCUUAUCAGUGUGUCUGUGCUCGGCAGUGUUUACUACAGCAGAUACAAGAGCAGCAAGAGUAACACGAAGAAAUCCAUCCAACUUGCUGAUAAAAAGCUCGCAGCCACCAUUGACGACAACUCGCUCUACAACGAUUUCGUCGCCUCCUUGCCAAGCUCCCUCAACCUGAUUGAUGACAGUGCCGACAACUUUUUAAGCAGCCUUUUCAACUCGAGCUAUUCUCCAUCUGACUACAUACCCGGAUUCAUCCCCACAUCCAUAGAAGAACUCAAAGAGCAGAUGGCAUCAUUGUAUCCCAACUUUCAGAGCCAGUUUGAAACCAUUCGAGAAAUGUACAAUUCGUUUUGGGAGUUUUUGUCCUUGGAAGAGUUUAGAAAUAUUGUACGAGAGUCGAUACAAGAAGAUGACAACCCUGAAAUGCACCCAGAAAUCGAGCAGGAUGCCUAUGUGAGAACAGGCCAAGCAUUGUCCGAAGAAGAAAUCCAGUUUACAGAGGCAAGAAAGCAAAAGAUGAGAGCAGCUUUUGCAUUCUUCAUUGGCGUGGAUGAACAUGAAGUCGAGAUUGAAGAUAUUCCCAACAUUGGCAUUGCAUCAAGUGGUGGUGGAUAUCGAGCCAUGGUGGCUUGCUCCGGCUAUUUGCAUGCACUCAACGAAACAGGCAUUCUCGACUGUGUCUUGUACAUGGCAGGCGUCUCUGGAUCCACAUGGGCCAUGUCCCAAUUCUACAGUCCUCUGACCAAUGCAUCUGUGGAUACCCUCAAAGACCAUCUCACCAGUCGCAUCCAUACACACAUUGCCAACCUAUCCAACUUUUUAACGGUGCUCAAUGCAUCUCGCCACAAUGCCAAAAUCCUGUUGCACGGUGUUGUUCAGCGUUAUUACCAGCAAAAUGGAAGCAUCAGCUUAGUGGACAUCUUUGGCAUGCUACUAGGUGGCACGCUGCUCGCAAAGAAGGUCACCGUUGCACCUCCCGACAAGGAGAAGAGUGAAAGAAUGAUGGAAAAUGAUGCUCAUUCUUACACUGAAAGCAUUGAGGAUCCAUCUGAAUUGGGUCUAAAGAACAAGGACGACCAUACGCAAUCAGGCACGGUACACGAAGAUGAUGGCGCUGAAGUGAAGCCUCGUUUACUCAAGAAGAACGAGAUCAAACUUUCCAUGCAAAAGGAUUAUUUCCAAGAUGGAUCAUUGCCCAUGCCAAUCUAUUGUGCUGUCAGACAUGAAGUGGAGUUAGCCAGCAUCACCAAAGCUGCAACUGUGUCUUCCAAGCAGGGUCUGGAGCCAUGUCAAAAGGUGGAUGAUGGUGAAGAAGAAGACGAGCCCUUUGAACAUGUGGAAGCUGACGAUACCAAGAGCGACGACGCCCAAGCAGAGACACAGGAUGGCAACGAGGACAAGGCUGAAGAAAGAAAGGAAGUAGAAGAUGACGAAAAUGAAGAGCAGCAAAAACAAGAAGCCGCCCAAGAGACGAAUGAUUUGUAUCAGUGGUUUGAGUUUACACCCUAUGAUAUGGGCAGCGAAGAGAUCAAUGCCUGGAUUCCUAUCUGGGCAUUUGGAAGAAAAUUCGAGAAUGGCAAAAACACAGAAAGACUUCCUGAGCAGAGUCUCGGUAUACUGAUGGGCAUGUUUGGCUCCGCAUUUGUGGCUAGUCUGGCACACUUCUACCAAGAAAUCCGAUUACUGCUACCCGCAUCCGCCAUUGAAAAAGCAGACGAGAUGAUAAACAGCUACCAGGCAUCUGUCUCUACCAUUCACCCCAUCUCGCCUGCAUCCUUCCCUAAUCCAUUCUACAAAAUGUCGACCACUGUGCAAAGCAAGGACGCGUCUCAAGAUAAAGAGGAAGUGCUACGAUCUGAAAGUCUAGUGGAAUCUGAAUUGAUCGGCUUGAUGGACGCGGGCAUGGACAACAACUUGCCCUUCUAUCCUCUAUUGAGACAAGGUCGGGAUGUGGACAUUAUCCUUGCUAUUGAUUUAAGUGCAGAUAUCCAAGAAGCUCCUUACUUUGACCGUGCAGAAGGCUAUGUCAAACGUCGCGGUAUCAAAGGGUGGCCCGUGGGUGCUGGUUGGCCUCAAAAGGAAGAGGAACCGCAUGAAUCGGAAAAGUCAGAUGCGGACCCUGUCAAAGUCGAGCACCAAAAGAAGCCAUCAACUACGGAGGACAGCAAGCAAGAGCCAAAAAAGCCUAAAUACGCUCUCGACACAUGCACCGUGUUCGCAUCAAGCUCUUCAGAAACCAUCCCAUCCAGCAGAGACGAUGAUACAUCCGCCACCACCACAAGCUAUCCCGAGAAUACAAACCCCAUCACCCUUGUCUAUUUCCCUCUCAUCGUCAAUGAAAACUACGAUCCCGAGUUUGAUCCUCAAACAGCAGAGUUCUGCUCCACAUGGAACUUUGUUUACAGCAGUGAGCAAGUUAAUAAAUUGCACGGAUUAGCAGAGGCCAAUGUCAAGGAUAACUUGGAGAAAGUGCGCAAGGUCAUCAAAGAAACAUGGAAGCGAAAGCGAGACGAACGGUUAAAGAGAGAGAGGAUUUAA